AUGACAGAUGAACCUCAUUUACUCAUCCGAGUGUGACAGUUGGACGAUUGUUUUAUAUAUUAACCUUCUUUUCGCUAUAUAUACCACACUCCUUCGUUGCACCACUUCACAGUCACCUCUGCUUGCUUUUCUUCUUCUUCUGGUGCUCUCAUUGUUGCUUUAAUUUGGCUUCUUUGUCUUAGCCAGCAAUGGGGGCUGUUUCAGGUUGCAUUGUGAUUGCUUUCAUGUGUGCUUUUCUUGUGAGUGGUUUGGUAGUGGCUGAUGUUAGCGGGAUUAAGGAUGAGAAGAACUUGUUUCACCAUCCACAUAUUUUUAAGGGGGCAGGUCUAGGUCAUGGGAUUUAUAAGAGAGGGUUUAGACAUGGAAGGUUUGGUGGAGGCAUUGGAGGUGGGGCUGGUGGUGGUGGUGGCCUCGGUGGUGGUGGUGGUUUAGGAGGUGGUGGCGGUCUAGGUGGAGGCAUUGGAGGUGGGGCUGGUGGUGGUGGUGGUGGUGGCCUCGGUGGUGGUGGUGGUUUAGGGGGUGGUGGCGGUCUGGGUGGAGGAGCUGGUGGAGGCAUUGGUGGUGGAGCUGGUGGUGGUGGGGGUAUAGGGGGUGGUGGCGGUCUAGGUGGAGGAGCUGGUGGAGGCAUUGGUGGUGGAGCUGGUGGUGGUGGGGGUAUAGGUGGUGGAGCUGGUGGUGGAGUUGGUGGAGGUGGUGGUCUAGGCGGUGGUGGUGGCCUUGGUGGAGGAGCUGGUGGUGGCCUUGGUGGAGGAGCUGGUGGUGGCUUAGGAGGUGGUGCUGGUGGUGGUGCAGGUGCUGGUGGAGGUGCAGGUGCAGGUGGAGGAGGUGGAUUUGGCGGUGGUGGUGGUGCAGGAGGAGGGUUUGGAGCAGGUGGAGGUGUUGGCGGAGGACUUGGUGGUGGUGGCGGUGCCGGUGCCGGUGGGGGUGGUGGAUUUGGUGGAGGUGGUGGGUUCGGGGCUGGUGGUGGUUUUGGAGCUGGUGGUGGUGCUGGGUUUGGUGGUGGACACUAGAGUACUUUACAACAACUUCCAAGACUCAAGAGCGAGCUUCUUUGCUGUUUACGUACGUGCUAGGGGUAUUAGAAUGUUUGUUCAUAAUGUUGGUCAUAAUUAUUCUUUCUUAAUUCUGUGUUAGACUUUUAGUUUAAUGUUGAUUGAAACUUAUGAAGUUAGUUAAAGAUGCUUAUAGAUCAAAUAUCAGUAUCUGUAUUUCCUUCAUGUACGUGGGAAGAGUAUAACCUGUUAGGUCUCGGUCUGUUAUGAAUAAAUCAUUCCAAGUCUCUGGUUUGUUGUGUC